AUGAACAAAUGGCAAAAUCAUGUUAAUGUUGGUUACAAUUACACUCUUGAAUCUAUUACCUCCAAAUCACAACUCAAAAAAGAAGUGUGUGAAUUUAUUUAUGGGGUCUGUAAUUUAAAAGGCAAUCACUAUUCUCAAGCUUCUUUGAAAAAUGCCAUUUCAUCUAUUAGUCGAUAUCUCCGUGAAGUCAAAUCUGAUUGGAAUUAUAAUUUACUUAAUAAAAGUGAUUUUCCAGAUAUUUUUGCUACUCUUGAUGGAACAUUGAAAGAAAUAAAAAAAUUAGGCAUUGGUACAGCAAAACCUUAUGAUGGAAUUACGAAUAAUGAACUCAAAGUUAUCUUACAUUACUCUGAAAUGUCUUCCAACAAUCCCAAUGGUCUUCUUCGUCGAGUUUUUCUUUGGAUUUGUCUUUUCUGCUGCUCUCGUGGUGGGGGCAUUAACAGAAAUCAACAUACUUUUGAACUUCCAUUUCCUGAAGAUAUUCCAGGUAUAGCUGAAUCAAAUACAGAUAUUAAAAAAUAUAUUGCGCAAAGACCUCAAAAUUAUAAAACCAAAAAAUUCUAUUUAAGUAUUUCGCAAAAUGCUUCAA